AUGGAUUCUGUGAUUGAGGCCCUCAAGACCAAGCCCGUUGGGCCGAUCCCGACUGUCACUCCUGAGCCGACCCAUUAUCAGACAGUCGGCCAUAAUGGGAUCCGCGCUCUGUGGGUUCUCUUCUUCAUGAUGGUGGUGGCUUCGGCCGUCUUCGCCCUCCUGUCGUGGAACGUCGCCGUCCAGCGUCGCAUCUUCUACUUCCUCACCACCUUGACCACCAUCAUCUCCGCACUGGCAUACUUUGCUAUGGCGUCCGGGCAUGCGGCCACCUUUAACUGCGUCAGUGUGCGAGAUCACCACAAGCACAUUCCCGAUACGUUCCACGACGUGUGCCGUCAGGUCUACUGGGCUCGCUUUGUGGACUGGGCCAUCACGACUCCCAUCCUGGUUCUCGAGCUUUGUUUGCUGGCUGGUGUUGAUGGAGCACAUACCGUCAUGGCUAUGGUGGCGAAUGUCAUCAUGAUUCUCACGGGUCUUUUUGCUGCUAUUGGUCAUGCGCAUACUGCUCAGAAAUGGGGAUGGUAUGCCAUUAGCUGCAUUGCCUAUCUCUUCACCAUCUGGCACGUCUCUAUCCAUGGUGCUAGGGCUUCUCGAGCUCGGGGUACCAAGGUUUCCCGACUGUUUGGCUCCCUUGCCACCUUUGCCCUCAUUCUCUGGACUAUCUACGUCGUGGUCUGGGGUGUUGCUGGCGGUGCUUGGAGAGUCAAGGUUGGCACCGAGACCAUCAUCUACGCCGUCCUCGACGUCCUCGCCAAGGCUAUUAUUGGUCUCUGGCUGAUCACGGCUGCCCGUCAGAACCGCGAGACGACCCCCGAGGUUGGUGGCUACUGGGCUCACGGAGCUGGUACCGAGGGAGCGAUUCGCAUUGGUGAUGACGACGAGGGCGCGUAAUCCCUCCAAAAGUGAACCAUGGAGAAAACCUGUUUCAUCAGAUUGGAUGGAUUGGUUGUUUUGGCGCCAUGCUAGCAUGGUGCCUGGGGAAGAGUCAUGCGUUUGUAAUAACGCGCGACAAUGGGCGGGUGGUAAUUGGUGGUGGAAAGUGUCUACGGCAGGGAAAAAUGGCAUCGGAGUAGUGCGAGGUAUACAAGGAUGCGAACUGCGCUACAUGACACGCCGCGAUGGCGUUGAGUAGUUUCGGGAGUGGUCAGUCUGGUUUCAGGGAGGCAGUGCGGUUUGAAGAUGAAGGGGAGAAAUUCAGAGUGGCAGGGAAUUCGUUUUAAUGGAAAAUCGUUGCAAGGAGAAAUUGGAGUGUUAUCUCAGUCUUUUACUUGUUCUGUCAAUGAGGACACGAGCCAGGGAUUGACGAAUUGAUACCCCUAUUCUGCUGUCUUGAG